UGAUAGAUUGUGGUGUGCGUGCAGUUUGCGAGAAGUCUCAUACGUAAAAACCGUUCCACAGCUCGCUGUAUCGGGCUGCGGUGGAAUCGCGCGAUUAUUGUUCCGAGUGGUACGGAUAUUGGCGGUGUUCCGUUUUCCUUUGUCCUGUGGCAUUCGGAUACCGAGUUAGAAUAACGAGAAGGUUGCUACCAGACAGGCAACAGGCCAUUCUGCCCGUGCGUGAUACUUUCACCCGUCAUCGGUAUCGGUGCUGCUGACGGGGAGAAGCAGUGCGGGUUUUCUUUUUUGUACGUUUUGCGGGAAGUUGCGAAGCUGGCCUUUGCUACCUGUGCUACAUCCGUUCGGGUGAUUCACGGUCACGGUGAGGGAAAAAUUUCACCGCUCUACCAAGUGAUGCUGGGCGCCGUUUGAAUGUGUAGUGUCGCGGGUACGUUAUCCGUUCCGUGAUUGCGAGUGAGAUACAUACGGCGGAAGAAGUGUGUGGUAUUGUAGCGGUGGCGAAGAAAUUGGCGAAAAGUUCAGUGAGAAGAUUGGUGUGAAAUUGUUCCACUUCCCGUUCAGUGCGCGGUGUAUCCAAGGGUGAAUCCAAAGCCUGCCCAUCGCAACCAGCAACUGUCAGUUGGUGUAUUGUUUUCAUUUUUUGUUCCACGAAAAAAAAGGCCGACUGUGUGUGUAUAGUCCCUUGCUAACGUCUCGGGUGAAUACAAGAAACGGUCCACAAUGCAUUUCUACAAGCAAAAGCUGCUGCAUCCGGCGCAGCUCAAGAAGCUGUAUGACCACAAAUAUUCCUGCACCAACGUUAGCCUGAUGGAUCCGUUCCUGCAACCAUGGUGGUGCUGGCUCGUGUCGAAGGUACCGCUGUGGUUAGCCCCAAAUCUCAUCACGAUCGUGGGCCUGCUGAUCAACAUCAUCACUACGCUAAUUCUGAUCUCCUUCAGCCCAACCGGCCGGGAGGAACCACCCAGAUGGGCUUCGGCCCUAUGCGGCAUCGGGCUUUUCAUCUACCAAAGCCUGGACGCGAUCGAUGGAAAGCAGGCACGCCGAACCAACUCGUCCUCGCCGCUGGGCGAACUGUUCGAUCACGGCUGCGACUCGAUAUCGACGGUUUUCGUCGCCCUGUCGGCGUGCAUCUCCGUCCAGCUUGGUUACUACCCGGGGUGGAUGUUUUUCCAGUGCUUCUGCGCUAUGACGCUGUUCUACUGUGCGCACUGGCAAACGUACGUGUCCGGCACGUUGCGCUUCGGUCGUAUCGACGUUACCGAGGCACAGUGUACGAUCAUCGGCAUUCACAUGAUAUCGGCUGUGUUUGGUCCAUCGAUCUGGAUGACAAAGAUCUUCGGCCAGUUCGAACUGUGGAGCACGAUGGCGAUCAUGACCAUCCUGUGCGGUGGCUGGUCACUGUUGGAGUUCUUCUCGGUGAUCCGGGCCGGCGGUGUCGGUAAAAACGGAUCCACGGUCGCCGGCACGAGCGUACUGUCACCGAUCAUCCCGUUCCUGUUCGUCGUCGUACCGGCGUACGUGAUCUCGCAAAAGUCGACGGACCAGAUCUACGAAAAUCAUCCCGCCCUGUACAUAAUGGCGUUCGGGAUGAUCACGGCCAAGGUGACGAACCGGUUGGUGGUCGCCCACAUGACCAAGAGCGAAUUGGAGUACCUUGACUGGGGAUUGAUUGGACCGCUGUGUCUGUUUCUCAAUCAGUACUUCAACAGCUUUCUCCCCGAAUACUACGUGCUGUGGUUCUGUUUGCUGUGGUGCACCAUCGAUCUGAUACGAUACUGUGGUCAGGUGUGCCUGGAAAUUUGUGACUACCUGAAGAUUGAACUCUUCCGCAUACCCUACCCACCGAAGCCGGUCAUGACAUCACAAGAAACGGAAGAACUAGACCAGCAGCAGCAGCAGUCAUCCAUCAACAACAACCGACGCUCGUAUCCGACGACGCCCGUACGCAACUUGACCGUACCACAGGCGAUGGGUCUUCGAUCUGCAUCGGAGGAUAGCAGCUCCAGCCCGCGGAUUACACCGAACUCGUCGCCUCGCAAACCGCACCGUGUUUGAGAGUAUCCGCACCAAUGCAAGGGACGGUAUAGAUAUCCUCGCGUAGGAAAAGUUUGGAAUGGUUUGUUGGUUGGUUGGUGAUGGUUUCUCACUUGCCAGGAUUGGAACGGCGCCUGCUGGUAGCACGGUUCCGUAACGCUUUCAGUACCAAAACUGUUACCUGGCGUUAAAAGUGUGCUUUUUAGUAUAGAUCUAGCGUUUCGACUAGCCGCGUAACGGAUAAGAAGUCAGUCAGUCUCGAAACAAACUAAACCCAACAUUCAACCGAUUUGUACACGAUGAUGGCACGGGGCGAUUUAAUGCAACAACACUUUGAAGUUCAUACCACCCUGUUAAUGAAGUUUAAUGAAGUUGGAAGGCGGUGGCGGUGUAGAAUGUUAGUAGCAUGGAAACCGGGCAUCACAAAACCCAAACGAACGAUUUGGGAACAGCCCCGUACCCGUACCCCCAGAAGAGAUUGAGUAGAUUUAUUAGUGUAUUCCGCAUUGGUGGACGAUAAGACAACUAAAAGACAAUGCUUAGAACUAAGAGGGACUAGGAGCAAACGAACCAAGCGUGUGGAAGCAGCAGCUGGUUUGACCAAACCACUAGUAAAAUGCUAACAAACAAAAAAAACCCCCCCGUACUGCCCAACAGAGGCGGAUGUGUCUUUCGGGAUAAGCAUCAGGCCCACACUCAGGCUGGGCGCAUACCAGGAAGGAGCCAGAACUGUUUAGGAGGUAUAUUUAUAUAUAGUGGGUAGAGUUGUGAAGUGAAAGCUACUAGAAUUUAUGAAUUAUGUGGACCCGCGACGCGGUUUUGGCGUUUAAAUGGCGGCAGUGAAGGUGAAGCAAUAAAAAAACGAAACGAUUGCGUGAUUAUAA